UUCAUACAUUCACACACACACUCUCACUGCCUCCACUUCACCCUCAGAGCUGCUCCAAGCCUCUCCAAGCUGUGCGUAAAGCUGUGCGUAAAUCUCUCCAAGAGCUCCAACCAGGGCUGAAAGCUCCCAACCAGGGCUGAAAGCUGAACUGUUUAGUAAAAGAAAAAACAUAACUGGAAUACAGGAAUAUGUCUUCUCAGUCGAAUGAGUGUCUGAAUCUGUCGGAGGAGCAGGUCAAAGUGCUGGAGGACAGCUUCAAGAAAGUCACCAGGCAUCCGGACGGAACGACGCUCAUGCUGAUCGCUGCGGAGUGCGGGCUGUCAGAGGAGGAAACACUAGUGUGGUUCAAGAUACGUAACAAACAGUGGAGGAAGGAGGAGGGUCUUCCGGCUGAACUCGGAUCAGUGUUGGACUGAGACGCUCUCCGUGCUGGCCUUUGUUUCUCCUCGGACAAACUGACCCUACCACCUUUUCCUCAUACACCCCACCCCCCCUCCCUCUCCAUGUGUCAUGCUCUCCUUUUUGUAUCUAUGAAGCUAUUUUAACUUACUGUAUACGGAAUGUGAAGGUGUUUGUGUGCUGUUGCCAAUAUAACCGCCAUGUUUAC